AAAAAGAAAAACAAUAACAAUAGCAAUAGGAGGAAAGGGAGUUACCGACUAACUCAUUGACUGAGCUAUCAGUAGUAGUAUUAGUGCUGUGCUGGGGUGAGGAGACGGUGACGAUUCUGCUUCCAAUUUAUAACCCUCUUUUUGUUUUCUUUUCGUUUCUCUUUCGAUUUGCUUCCCACAGAAACCUUAGGGUUAGGGUUUUCAUCAUCAACUACUCGUUUUUACCUAUUCUCACACUCACACAGACUCAGAACAGACACAGACAGAAACAGAAAUUAAGCGACAAUGGGACGAGGGAAGGUGCAACUGAAGCGAAUCGAUGACAAGAUCCGGCGUCAAGUGACUUUCUCCAAGCGGAGGAGCGGCCUCAUCAAGAAGGCUCGCGAGCUCUCUGUGCUCUGCAGCGUGGAGGUGGGCCUCAUCAUCUUCUCCGCCAAGGGAAGGCUCUACGAGUUCUGUAGCGGCGAGAGUUUAGGAAAGGUUCUUGAGCGUUACCAGAUACAUAAUGAUGAAGAAAAUGCUGCUCCCAAGAGUGUUGGUGGUACUGGCAAGAAGAAUCCUUCAGAAUGGAGUGGUCUCUGCGCAGGCCCUAACCGGUCACUGAAAACGAUUCAAAGUGAGUUGGAAGCACAAAACAUUGAAAAUCUGGAUGUGACAGAGCUCACCCAACUUGAGAAGCAAUUGGAUACACUAUUAAGACAAACAAGAUCAAGAAAGACACAGCUGAUGAUGGACAGCCUAACAGCUCUUAUUGAGAAGGAAAAACAACUGCAGGAAGAGAAGCUUCUGAUGGAAAAGGAGAUUGCAGAGCUGAAGGAGCGGAAGAACAAGGAACAAGCUGAGGAAGCGGAUCAGCAGAGUUGUUCUGCUAACAACAACAACAACAGCGAUGACAAUGCUCCUCCCAGACAGACGAUGCUCCAUUUGUUCUGAAUUUUCUAAGGGGAGGGGGAAAAAUGUGGCAACACCUCCAGUUGCCACGCCUAAGCUCGAGUGGACAUUUGUCUCGAGAUUGUCCGGUCCGAUAGGCCAAUUGCAGGGCUCAGUGGCUCAGUUUGUAUGUUUGUAUCAUAUAGGUGUGAUUUGUAUGAGUUGAAUUUGUAGGCCACCGCCGUGUAAUAAUAAUAUGUAUGUAUCAUAUCAUAUAUAUCACCGUCGCUAUAAUUAACUAGUUUUUCUUCUUUC